AUGUCUCGAUGCUUUAAGUGUGACAGUGUUAUGGCCUUCACCCAUUCUAAGCAAACACCGCAACCUUCCUUCGCCUUCGGUAUGUCUGCGUCGUCGCCGUCUGUGCUGACAGCACCGAUUGUGAACCAGCACAUCGAUGAUGUCCUCCAGGAGAUCAACCCUGUCCUGCAGGGCCGGAAAGGCCUUGUCCUCCACCCAGUGUCCGACUGGAGUGCCUUCUUGCCCGAAGUGCAGAUGGAUACGCCGUGGUAUUUCGGACUGGUCGCUGAAUCUUCGGAUGACCCCGGAGCCAAAAAGCCGGCGCUUCUGUCCUUCUACGUCGGCUACUCCACCUGGGAUGGAAGGUGCAUCUUCCUCGAUCAACUUCCCGAGACGGACGAGGACACGGAGAAGCUUUACCUGCAAAUUCUGGCAAGGAUCGCCCUUCGGCUCGGUUCCAGACGCCUGACCUGGAAACGACGGUCCAUCCCCGAAUGGUACAAGGCCGGUCCCCCGGAGAUUUCGGAGGGAUUGCUGGUUCUUCGAAUGGACCGGCUGGCCAUGGAGUCCUACGCCGGCCUAAGGCCCGGAGGCGUGAGAGGAGGAGAGGCCUUCGACCGAGCUUUCGUGGAACAGCAGGUGGAGGAGUGCUUGGAAGAGCGCAGGUCGUCCCGACCAAACCUCCACAUGCGACUGGCGGGCUCCACCGACUCCGACGCCGAGGUCAUGGCGCGGCUCGUGCGCGGACUUGCGAUCUACACCCAGGAGCCACUGGAAGCCGUUCGCUGCACCGCCCGAGACUACCUCGUGGAUGGUGGUGGCCCCACUCCGCUCUACUACUGCCUGCUGAUUGACCACAUUGACAGCAGCACUGGCGAAAAGACGACCUGUGGCAUCGCAGUGGUCUACUUUGGCUACUACAUGAAAGAGGGUCGGUUCCUGUACUUGGAGGACCUCUAUGUUGAGGAAGCUUACAGAAGCAAAGGGGCUGGUAGCACCACACUCAAGGCCCUGGCUGAAAUUGGACUCCGGCUAAACUGUGCGACGUUUUAUUGGCUAGCUCUGGAAUGGAACAAGCCGGCACUCGAAAUGUACACCAAGAUUGCAGAGGUGCAAGAGGGACUGCAGGUUCACAGAUAUACGGACGAGAAGUUAGCAGAGUUCGCGGAAGGACUGUUGGUAUAA